AUGUCUGAUGCCCUUCUGAAACAAGCCAUUCAUAUCGGCCAUGUGGCCCGAAAAUGGGAGACCAUCUACCCAUUUAAGAAGUGGAAGGUAGACUUCGAGAAUCGGCGCUCGCUCACAGAUGAAGAGCGAUUGCGGCUGCGCCGCGCAGUAUACCGAUUAUGGUUGUAUCAUAGCGCAUUCCAUUCUCAUGUUUAUGAUCGCCAUUCCCGUAGUCUUCGCCAUGUGGUAUUGGAGCGCGCUCAGUUGCUCCACAACUGGUCGACCCAAGAGCUGGCCGAGAUUGAGGAUUUGCGCCUAGUCAUGUGUGAUAUUGUGCAGAAUCACAUAUGUCCUAGUAAUGUGACGAUUCAACGCAAAUUCCGCAAGCGUUUUCCAGACAGCAACCAGCAACUCUCGUUCAAUAUCCACCUCAAUUACCCUCCGCUUUCAACUACUCUGUCUUCGCAUGGUCAUUCCUUGCUCCAGAAACGCCCUGACACCUCAAUUCAACAAUACUUCCAUACAGCCCAUCCAGGUAAUUAUCCUGAGUCGCCAGCCAAAUACCGGUCUCGAUUUCGCAAUGACCUCUCCCAUGACCCAGGAUAUGAAGGCUGGGGUGACGAGAUCCCGCAUUACUAUAUUAUGCAGGACAUGAUGAAGCUUGAUCCUGGUCAAAUAUUAUGGUUGCGCGACCAUGCUUUGCUGAAGGAACAGGUAGAGGAGUAUGUAUGGUCUCUAGGUGAAUGGUUCCGCAACAAUGGCGAAACAUUUGGUGAUACAUUGGAAUAUGUCAUGAAUGAACGUGGUCUCGAGGUUGGAGAAUUUCGAUCUGCAGUGGCUGCUCGUGAUAUGGGAAUUGUCCUAGACUAG